AUGGCCAGCCUGCGAAAUACUCGUACUGGAGCAGUUGCCCUCAAAGUGGACGUCAAGGCGACUCUACAGCUUGUUCCCUCGGCCACUGUCGCAAACUUGACCUGGACGGGUCUCCGAAGAGCCAAAGGCGAAUUUCUCUGGUUCGGCGCCGACUACUAGGCUCGACUCUCAGGUUCCGACGCAGCAUAGGCUGGGCUAUGCGUCUACGCCAUGCAACUCCAACGGGGCAUGUGUUGGCGAAGCCUAGCUGAAGUUCUCCGUCAAGAAAGAUCCGGAGUGGAAUUACACUCUGACUGAGUCCAUUGACGAGUACCUAUGCACAUGACGUCUGCUCUAGAUCACAUAACUUCCGUCUUUGAGUGCGGCGGUGUGUGAAGUAUGACUGCCGCCGUGUUCCUGGGCUGUUACUUCCGUCACGCCCAAGUGCAGAAGUCUCGAGGCGUGGCGACGAUGGAGCUCCCGCGGUUCAUUGUUGUCGAAACGGACUGUCUUCUGCGAAUCGCUAAGAGAGGCGAGUUUUGCCAGUCCGCGGAAAGUCUUCGCAGCUUGAUGGCAGGGCUGGUUUGUCGUGGACCCUGGCCAGCAGCCUGGAAGAUGCUGUUAUGGCUUGCUGGCGAUUCCAUCGCAGUCCUAGAUUAUUUUGCGGUCGCAGGCAUGGAGGGACUGGCAAGUAAAGUAGUUGGGGAGGUGAUAUUUCUGUGGUGUGUGGCAAGUCAUCAGCGGCAAGCAUGGGGAUCAGACUUCAAUCUUCGAAUGACAUACCGAUCCGUGAGAGUUUAGCUCUGGAUAGUGAUAAUCGAGUAGUUCUGUUUGGCCUAGAGGGGGGCAGUCGAUCGUGUACUUAUCAGGAACUCGUUUGGGAUGUCUGUUAAGGGCGUUGGUGAAGCACAAUCGGACUACUUGGAAGUGAUAAUACCGAUUAUUCUGGAGUGAAGCAUAGCGAUACGUCUCAAGC